AUGGCGGGAACGCGUUUGUGCGGGGCCCCGAAACCUAGCCUGCCCACCACCUCGAGGCCUACCACACUCACGCCCCAGGCGCGGAGAACCUUCCAAGAGAGCUUCGAUAGCCUCGAAAAGACGGUACAGCGAUACUCACGCACUGAUGAUCGUGAGUUCAGCAACACCACACUGCGCGAUGUACGCGAUGCUGCGAAAGAGGUUGAGCGUCAGCUUGCUGCGCGACAGUGCAUGCGGAACAUGAAGCGCUUGGAGCCGUUUCUGGAUGGCCUUGAAGCGUACUCCAAAGUUAUCGAGGUGCUCUGCAACGGCACACCUUUCUUGAGCUGGAUAUGGGCACCCAUCAAAUUGAUGAUGCAGCUCGCUACGGACCAUAUCAGCGCUUUUGAAAAGCUACUAGCAGCAUACAGUCAAAUCGCAGCGAUGCUACCUCGAUUCGAUCGGCUAGGAACCGCUUUGCAAGAUAAGCCUGACUUUCAGCAAGCACUUGCAGUCGUCUACAGUGAUAUCCUAACGUUCCACGAGCAUGCAUAUAAGCUAUUUAGGCGCAACGGCUGGAUCUGUUUCUUCAAAUCGUCCUGGGGCCAAUUUGGAAGCAGGUUCAACUGCAUCUUGGAUAGUCUCGCAAAGCACGCCACGUUGGUUGACCAAGAAGCAAAUGCAUACCUCGUAUCGGAGACCAUGCAAUGGCGCAGAGAAGCACUCCAGACGGUAGCAAAGACCGAGAAGGAUCGGUCAACAGCACAGCUUACAGCAGCGCUUGCUUGGCUGGGUCUCGAGACAGUUCCUCAUUGUGGUCAGGCUUACCAAGAUAAUCUGCUUCACAGAAUCAUCAAUGACUGCUGCGACGGUACAACUGACUGGAUUCUGAAAAAUCAACGUAUGAGACAGUGGCUUCAGAAUGGACGGGGUGGACCGAUUUUAUGGCUGAAAGGCAAGCCUGGGUCUGGCAAAAGCACACUAUGCGCGAAGAUAGUGCAAUUCCUCCGUGCACCUCGACAGUCGACAGUUUUGUUCUGCUUUUACAGCUACAUCGUCAGCAGUACAUACCCUGACCCUGUGGUUUUUAUCCUCGCUACCUUGGUUUCCCAAAUCCUUCGGCAACGCUCUGAUCUUGCUACUUAUGUGUACGAGGAGUUCGUUGCUGAGAGCCGUCCACUCUCUAUUCGAAGUCUCCAAGAACUUCUUUCGAAUCUACUCCCACAGCUAGCGAUGCCACGAAUUCUGGUUGAUGGCAUUGAUGAGUGCAUCAGAUACGAUAUACAUGGCAAACCAUGCGAUCUCACCCCCGUCAAGGACGUCCUUGUUUCAAUACUACAGCUCGAGAACCCAACGCAGGCUUGUACGCCGACAAAGAUUCUUAUUGUCAGUCGGGACAUCCUGGAGUUGGUUGGGAAGUUAUCAAAAAGGCCGACACUAGCACUAGACCAAGAAAGCGAUGCGCUGACAGCCGACAUUACACGAUACGCUACUAAGUGCCUAGAAACCAUCCGGGAUAGGUUUGCGGACCUUGUUGGUGUUGACAAUGUUCUCAAUGAUGUGAAAAGAAAUGUAGUGUUAAAGUCCCAGGGAAUGUUCCUCUGGGUGCGGCUAGUGUUAGCACAACUAGAGUUUGACGCAUACAAUCUUGAUGACUUGGAAAACGCAGUGGCCAACAUGCCACACAGCUUACAUGACUUCUACUCUCGCAUUGUACACAGAAUCAUGCUUUACCCAACCCAAUCGCGAGAGCGGACCAUCAACAUACUGAAGUGGAUGCUGUGCUCAAAACGGCCACUGAGGGUCAUAGAACUCCAGGAUGCCAUCGUGUUUGCCUCAGGAGCCGUCUCACUAUCGGAGAGAUCAAAACUUCCCCCAAACAUUGUGGACCUCUGCAAACCCCUGAUACAGACGGAUGACAAUGGGCAGAUCUCUUUCGUCCAUUUCACUGUCCAAGAGUACCUCACGAAAAGUAACUUCAUUUCGCUACGGGACGCGGAGAGCUGUACUACCACCACUUGUCUGAACUACCUAACGUUCAGCCUCAACCUUUCCAAUUCAAGCAUACCGGCUACGCAAAAAGCAGUCGAUGUCGGUAGAUGUUUGUACUCUCUUCAGCCAUAUGUUCACGAGCAUUGGCUGGACCAUCUUCUCGCCUUCGCAGCAGAAGUCUCACGUUCCACGGACCAGCAAUUGGAGGCUUUCUUGGCGAGCUUCUUCUUCAUCUAUUCCCACCAGUAUACACGAUAUUUAGAUCCGACAGACGACUUACAAGUAGAUAUUCUCGCAGCGCAAACCCUCGAACCUCGUUUGCAAUACCUUGAGCGCUAUGAACAUCAUUACAAAUUUCUUUGUGCUUAUGUCGUAUACCGCAAUGCCAAACAAAUGCACUUCGAAAAUCCUGCCGACUACCAAGAACCUCUGGAUCCCAUGCCUCUCAGCGUCGUUCAGCUUGUAUACGCCACGCAAAUCGAUUAUCUGCUCUCAGCAGUAACAGUUCCUGGGCUCACACAAGAACAACUCGAUGCAUUCAAAACAUCUAAUCAUUCGUACGCCUUCGUAUGUCGCUUUCCUGGAUGUACAGGCAUGUUGGCAGGGUUUCCAACUGACGAUCUUCGUACGCAACACGAAAUGACGCACAAGCCGGCGCUAUUCUGCACGCACUCCGGUUGCAAAUAUAGCCUGCCUUUCGCCUCUCAACAGAAUUUGAGAAAACAUAUCCGAGACUUCCACGACUCGGGGCCAAAAGCCGUAUCAAAGAGCAUCACGCGUCGGAAAGCAACGCUUUUACGAGGACAAAGCGGCCAUACGCCAGAGCCAAGUCCUCUAGGAGGUCUUGAUGCGCGCUCUCAAGCUCAACGCCUCACAAAAGGUCCUUCAAAGUCAUUGCAACAAGACCAGGUCACUGCGAAACUCCAUCACUUCGUCCAGCACUAUCGUGUCCAGCAGCAGCAGGGUAAGAUUCCACAUGGCUGGCAGCAGGGCACACCGCCUGAGGAGCGCGGUCAGCUGGCCCUUCAGUUCUUCACUCAGUACCGCCUGCUGAAGCCUGAGAUCGCGGAAGUGGAGUCCCUGCGCGCCGCCCUCCAGUUCGAGACACAGACCUUUAUGUCUUCAAAGACAAAUGACGAAUACGUCUCAGACAUCAAACAAAAGCUCAUCGUCAUGACGACAGCAAGGCAGCAACAACCACAGCAACAACCACAGCAACAACCACAGCAACAACCACAGCAACAAGUGAACCAACGAAUGCAGCAACAACUACAGCAACUAAUGCAGCAACAUGAACAGCAUGAAGCACAGCAACUCAAUAAACCGAAGGUCAACAAGAAAUAUUAUAGAUGUGCAGUAGAGAACUGCAGAAACAAUAAAAAGACGUGGCCGCGUCUAGACAAUUUUAAGCAGCAUAUAGAGAGGAUGCAUAAAGGUGAAAACGUUCUUGAUGUUAUAGAAAGAUCAACAUGCCACCCAAAAAACGCUGAAACUCCGAUGAGCCAGACGAAGAUCUUCGAUAGCUCACCAACACUGAACAACUACAACAUCAACAUCGAUCAAGAUCUAAACCGUAUAAAUGACCCACGAGCACCGAGUGUCGAGAGCCCCUACUGGGAAUUAACUCCUGAGUAUUGGUUUGACACUGCCGUACCGAGUGAACCUAUGAAUGGUUUGCCAAUGACCACUGCAGCGCCUAUGUCUAGUAUAAUCGAUGACGAGAUGAUGGGCACCAUGGAUACAGACAACCUCGAAGAUCUUUUCAAUAUGGACGAGUCGCAACUCGAUGCGUUCUUCAAUCUUGAGUAG